UAUACCUCUUGCAGCAUUUGAAGCCUGGUGGAAUAUUGCGAUGGCAGCUCAGAUGACUGAUGCUCAUCGACGGUUCUUGCAGGUCCUGAUGUCUCAUGGGAUAAUGGAAGGCUCAGAGGCUAGGAAAUUACACAGGUGCUCCUGUGAAAUCCAUCAAGUCUACUACGCGCAUGAUAAACUGGAUGAUUUCAUCAGUACUAUUAACAGCCAUCUACAGCCUUUGUUUAUGCAGAUCCGGAAAGGAAUGUCGGAAGGUGAUGGGAAAGCACAUUAUGCUUUAGUGAAUUUGGCAGAAACUGAGAUAACAAAAAUGGCAUCUGACUAUACAGAAAAUGAAUUAGAAUUGUUCAGAAAAACAAUGGACCUAAUCAUUUUAUCAGAAAAUGGCUUUGCCUCUUCUACAGAUAUUUUAAACUUGGCUGACCAACUUAAGACAAAGAAAAUGAAGAAAAAGGAAGCGGAACAAGUGCUGAAAGUUUUUGUGGAAGAUAAGUGGCUCUCUGAGAGAAAUGGAGAAUAUACUCUGCAUACUCGCUGCAUAAUUGAGAUGGAACAAUACAUUCUCAGCAACUACCAAGAUGUGGCAAGGAAGUGUAACAUCUGUCACAGCCUUGCCAUCCAGAGCCAAGUAUGUGAAUCCUGUGGAACUGGAAUGCAUUUACCUUGUGUCAGAAAGUACUUCAGAGCUCAGACUGAACCACGCUGUCCGCAGUGUAAUGAUUUCUGGUCUUGCGACAUUCCAGGUAUGAGUCGGAUAGACUCCCAGUCACCAUCAAAAAGGGAGAGCAGAGAAGAGCUUCAUUCUUGGCACUAGAUGAUGCUAGUGAAACUUGCUUUCAGUGAAAUCUUUUUUCCCCCACUCUUGCAGAAUAGCCAGACCGUAUUGUAUUCAUUAGUAACAGUGCAUUGUUCAGUGUACUUAUUUUUUCCUGAAGUUUUAAGAAUCUUGCAAUAAAGCUAUCAUUGACCUUUCUG